CCGGCACUAUACUAUAUUCCGUUCAAUUUUAUCUAUAACUUAUUGAGCCACACCGUCCAUCGUACGGUAUUAAUACCAAUUUAAUAUAGUGGAAACCUAAAACAUGCAAACCUUCUCAAUAAGACAAUUUAUAGAUAAAUUGAGAAAAAUAUAGAUAGCCCGAACUGGGAAUCGAACCCAGACCAUGUCGGUAUCGCGCCGAGUGCUCUACCAGUUGAGCUAUCCGGCACUAUACUAUAUUCCGUUCAAUUUUAUCUAUAACUUAUUGAGCCACACCGUCCAUCGUACGGUAUUAACACCAAUUUAAUAUAGUGGAAACCUAAAACAUGCAAACCAAUAUACAAUACCUAAAAGUAUACUAAAUACGAGCUUGUUCCCUGGUGAUUGCACCCCACACCAUUAACCGUAAUGCCUGAUGAUUUCAUACAAACUGAUAAGAGCCAUGUAUAAAUAGCCUGACGAAUUAAAUUACUCCAGAGUGGCAUGUACAUUGACACUGGCAUCAUGUCGAACAACAUUUUCCUGUUUGCAUUUUUCGCUCUCGUCGGCUUGACACGGAUUGAAGCAAUGCCUACUAAAGGAAGUGAAGGGACCUGGGACGUGGAUUACGAAGAUCAAGAACACACAGGCAUUACAUGCAGAGAAAACGAGCAUUACAACAGCACGCGGAUAGAGUGUGAAGAUGAGUGCAACGAUCGUAAUAACAAACUAUGCUACCGGUUCCAGCAAUUCUGUUGGUGCAACGAGGGUUACAUACGAAAUUCAUCACACAUUUGUGUAAAACUUGAAGAUUGCCUUAAGGACGAAGAACAGAAAUCAGAGACUUUAGCAUCCAGUGCCAACAAUGAUUCUUCAAAACGGCUUGAAGAUGAUCUAAAAUUAUUCUCACAUGAUUCGGUUUCACAUACCUCUUUAGAACCUGAAACGCAAGCACAGAAGUUUAACGGAAUAAUCGAUCAAGAAACUCUUGAUUUGGUGUUUGGAAAACCUGAAAACUCUUGGGCUGAAAAUAAACCCUUAGAAACUAAAACGCAAGCACAGAAGUUUAACGGAAAAAUCGAUCAAGAAACUCUUGAUUUGGUGUUUGGAAAACCUAAAAACUCUUCGGCUGAAAAGAAACCCUUAGAAACUGAAACGCAAGCACAGAAGUUUAACGGAAUAAUCGAUCAAGAAACUCUUGAUUAGCUGUUUGGAAAACCUGAAAACUCUUCGGCUGAGGAACCACCAGCAGAAGUUUAAAUCGACGUAAAAUAGUCUUAAUAACAUAGUAAUAAGAAUCAUUCGUUAAAAUCAGUGUAAUGUUUCCUAGUUGAUAAGUAAACUAAUGUACGAUUACGAUACCAUAUUCAUGUAAUACAAUAAGAGAGAUAAAUAAAAAAUAGUUUUUAAAAAGUAGAAUUUGUAUUUGACAUCUGAUUUUCUGUUGUAUUUGACAUUACUACCCCUAUAAGUAGUCCAUCAAAAAGAACUGUGGAAGGUUCUAGCAACAUGCAAUCCUACAUGGACUUCUCUUAUCAUUAUCCAUAGAAUAAUUCUCAUGUAUGAAGAAGAAUCAUUCCAACACAUUUCCGUCAAACUUGAGUUCUACUAGAAUCUAUUUGGAAUCUGUUAGAGUUGUUUUAUGAUGCCUAGAUUGUAAUGUUGAAAAUUUCUGCCUGGCAACCAUUCCUAGUAGGGCUUGACAAUAUAUGUAUGGAAUCUUCAUACAUUUCCAGCUAUAGGGUACUAGUAAUGUUCGUCAAGUCGAAAAUUUCAGUGUAGAAGAAUUUGAACAUGGUUGUUCAGUAAAGUAAGACUAAAUAAAGUAAGACAGAUCAAAAACCGUCAUGGACUCGUAUUCAAAUAAAAUGAGAAUAGUAUUACUGUGUGUUCCAAAAAGAUUUAAGUCUCUUACAAAAUAUUGUAUCUAUGUAACAAGUUUCACUCAAAAUUUAUUUCCUUUUUCAGCUUAUAGGACGAGAAGUAUAGUCUUCGUUUUUUAAAACAUAUAGAAGAGAGAAAACUUUUGUUUAGUUUUAAUGAGAACGUAAAUAGGCAAGAUAAGCUGGUACCGCUGACGUCAGUCCAAACCACCAGUAGGCAUCGUUAUCAUUUAAACCUAUACCGUAAACGAAUAACAGGAUAACCGCACAUGUUUUUAUGCACAUUGAAUUCCUAAAUAAAGGAUCGAAUACAGAAAAUUAAAAUUAAUGUUAGCUGCUGUUUAUACUAUAAAAGUAAGACUGUAUGCGUGAUUGAAGUCGCAUAAUCGAAUCCAUAUAUAAUAAUAUUUACCAUAACUACACUUAUUAGCAACUCAGUGUUGACUACGAGCAUACUGCAGCAUGUUGUUAAACAGGAUUCCUACUUUUUCUGGUUAUUGCAACCAUUAUUUGCGGUAUAAGGCCUUUUUUUUUUAAAGAAAAUAAAUGAUGAAAUAAAAUAAAUAAUCAUUAUCGAUCA